AUGACUCUUACCGACGAACAGAAGAAACUUGUUCAAGCAAAUGCAUCCGUUAUGAAGGAGCAUGGCACAGAAAUAACAACGAAAUUCUAUGCCACAAUGUUCAACGAACAUCCAGAAAUGCGCAACUUUUUCAACCAGACCAAUCAAAAAACGGGAAAGCAGCCUAUGGCAUUGGCACAGACCGUCUAUUAUUUCGUCGAGCAUCUUGAUAAUUUGGAUGUAAUGAUACCGCAGAUGGCACGUAUCUCUAGCAAGCAUCGCGCCAUUACGGUUAAACCUGAACACUAUCCUAUAGUCGGCAAGUAUUUAUUGCAAGCAAUCAAAGAACAUAUGGGCGACAAAGCGACACCUGAAUUAAUGGCUGCAUGGCAAGGUGUAUAUGAUCUUAUUGCAUCAACCUUCAUGAAGCUGGAGAAGGAAUUGUACGACAAAGUUGGUGGCGAUGAACGUAAUAAAGGUUUCAUUCCGUUCACUGUUAUCAAGAAAGAACCCAUCGCAAGUGGACCGAUUUAUGUUUUGACGAUGGAACGUCAAGAUGGUGGAAAAUUAUUCCAUUAUAACUCCGGACAAUAUGUUACAUUGCGUGUUGAAAAAGAUGGCGUGCUCCAUCAUGGACACUAUCCUCUAAUUGAUCCAUUCAACGGCAACACCUAUACUGUGGCUUUUAAGCAAGGCAAUGAUCUUGAUCAGAAUAGUAUUGUCUCGGAGGAAAUUAUUCGCAACAGUGUAGUUGGCAGCAAGAUUUUAUUUUCAGCACCUGCUGGUAGUUUUUCACUCGUCAAGGAUGCUAAGCAUCAUUUAUUCGUUAGUGGUGGUAUCGGUGUUACUUCUUUCAUGGCAAUGAUCCAAGAAUUGGACCAACAGGGAAAAGCAGCUUCAGCAUCAUUAAUUCAAUGUGUACGAACCGAAGAGCAUGCUGCCUUUGCCGGUAAAUUACAUAGAAUUCUUUCACAAGAUCAAUAUGUAAUCUUGACGCAAAAAGAACCAAUUUCAAAAGCCCAUCUUGAAGGCAAGUUGAAGUCAGAUACACAUGUCUACGUGGCCGGUUCGGAAACGUUUCUCUCUAUGGCCGAAAAGGCUCUCGAAGGAUCUAAUCAUCCCAAAGCUCAAAUUCAUUGGAGAUCAAUCGAGCCGACGCUUCGUAUAUUACAAAGUAUUGAUCAUAAAUAA